UCUCCAGGUACUGAUGCCGCAGCCAUGCCGGCUUUCAGGCAGGUUGGAGAGAAGCAGCUCCCGCAGGAAGUCAUUUUUAUGGCCUGGUCUCCCAAGAGGGAUCUGAUUGCCUUGGCGAACAAAGUGGGAGAGGUGUUGCUCCACCGCCUGGCAAACUUUCAGCGAGUCUGGAGUUUGCCACCAAACGAAAGCACGGGGAAAGAAGUAUCCGCUCUCUCCUGGAGACCAGAUGGCAAAAUUCUGGCUUUUGGACUUGCGGAUACUAAGAAAGUUAUUUUGUGCGAUGUGGAGAAGCCAGAGAGUUUGCAUUCCUUCUCAGUCAGUGCUCCUCUUACUUACAUGUACUGGAUGGAAGUUACAGAAGAGAGCAGCGUUCUCACUUCGUUUUAUAAUGCUGAAGAUGAAUCCAGUCUUCUUCUCCCUAAAUUGCCUGCGUUGCCAAAGAACUACAGUACCACAGCAAAAAUCUUCAGUGAAGAAAAAUCUGACGAGAUUAUGAAACUCAUGGGUGAUGUCAGGCUUAAUGCUCUGGUUCUUGGAGGCGUUAAUGGGUUUAUUGAGAUCUAUGCUUACGGAAUGUACAAGAUUGCAACAAUCACAGGGGUGACAGGUUCGUGUCUUGCAUUGUGCUUAUCAAGUGACUUGAAAUCGCUUUCAGUUGUUACAGAAGUAGACAUUUCUCCAGACAGCGAUCCAGAAAUAACAUACUUCCAAAUGGAUACCAGUCUGCUCUCAACCUAUUUACCAGAAGUGACUCGAAUGGCCCGAAAAUUUACACACAUUUCAACUCUCCUCCAGUACAUAAAGCUUUCACUGACUUGUAUGUGUGAAGCUUGGGAAGAAAUACUGAUGCAGAUGGAUUCACGAUUAACUAAGUUUGUGCAGGAGAAGAAUACAGGCACUUCUGUGCAAGAUGAAUUCAUGCAGUUACUUUUGUGGGGCAAAGCGAGUAUUGAACUUCAGGCCCUGCUAAUGAACCAGCUAACGGUAAAGGGCUUAAAAAAACUUGGCCAGUCCAUGGAGUCUUCCUACUCCAGUAUUCAAAAGCUUGUGAUCAGUCACUUGCAGAGUGGUUCUGAGGCCUUGCUGUACCAUUUAAGUGAGCUGAAAGGCAUGGCUUUGUGGAAACAGAAGUAUGAGUCCCUGGGAUUGGAUGCAUCUGGAAUAGAAGAAGCGAUUACUGCAGUGGGUUCCUUCAUUCUGAAAGCAAAUGAACUUCUCCAAGUGAUAGACAGCAGCAUGAAAAAUUUCAAAGCCUUUUUCCGUUGGCUUUAUGUAGCCAUGCUACGAAUGUCAGAGGAUCAUGUUCCUCCUGAACUGAACAAGAUGACUCAGAAAGAUAUCACUUUUGUGGCUGAUUUUCUCACUGAACACUUCAAUGAAGCACCUGAACUCUACAAUCGUAAAGGGAAAUACUUUAAUGUGGAAAGAGUUGGGCAGUACUUAAAAGAUGAAGAUGAUGAUCUCGUAUCUCCACCUAACACAGACGGAAACCAGUGGUUUAAUUUCCUUCAAAAUAGUAACAGUCUUAAAGAAAGCCCGUUGCUGUUUCCAUACUACCCUCAAAAAUCACUGCAUUUUGUAAAAAGGAGAAUGGAAGGAAUCAUUGAUCAAUGUCUCCAAAAGCCAGCUGAUGUGAUUGGAAAAACUGUCCAUCGGGCGUUUUGUAUGCCUUUAUAUAAGGCCUCAAAAAGGGAGGAUUCAACAUCUCAGCUGCUUAAGUUGCCCUUUUUGUGGCAUGAUAAAUCGUACAAUUUGCAUUAUGUUUUAUUCACAAUGCUAGAGAACUCAGUUUCCAAACUCUACAUAUUGAGAAGGCACACAGAUAUUUCAAGGUCUACUAAUAAUGGACUACUUGCUGUGGAUUUUGGAAAUUUUCUGAACAACAGUGUCAAUGAAAGUUCUGAUACAAGCUUCUACAGCUGUCUUGAUGCUCAUUUUUACGAUGACGAAACUAUAACGGUCAUCCUGGCAGAGAACUUAGAACAAGAGGGGAAGGAAAGAAUUUUGGCUCAACUACCUUUAUCAUCCAUCUGUACAGAGGAGAACCAGGAAAUGGAAUUUAACUGGAAUUCUGGUCAAAGGUUAGACAUGCAGUGUGGUGGCAUUCCUACAUGCAUUGUGACCUCAGAGAGUCAGUGGAGGGUGCUGGAGAAUAUGAAAGCUCAGUACGUCGCAGUGAAUGGUAUCCGGAAAGUGUCUUGUGUUCUAAGUUCAAACCUACGGCAUAUCCGGGUAUUUGAAAUGGAUGAAGAUGAUGGAGAAGCUGAGGAGGAAGAAGAGGAAGAAGCCACUCAGGCUGUUGGCCUACCUCAAGAAGGUCUCAACCAGUCAGCAGACAAGACUGAAGGAGAAUAGGCGUGUCUUGGCUCAGCAGAGUUGGUAGAUGAGGUCACACCAAGCUUCUAAGGUGGAAAGAAACUCUCAUUUCAGUGUCUUAGAGAGAAAAACUGGAAAUGUGAUCCUGCUGUUGUAUGGAAGAAUUCCGGGCUUUUUCCUCUGUCAGGUUUUUUUUUAAAAAAUCAAAUUGUACAAACUUCUGUUUCUUGUGUUACAGCUCCAUUGCCUGAAUAAAACAACUGGGAACGAAACGAUCCUUCAGAUAACUCCUGCCAACAUGGGUCUGCUUUUGAUAUUCCCAUGGCUUUCUAAACUCCAUUGUUCCUCUUGUUUUCUAAACAUUUGCUUCUCCUGCCCCACAUUUUCCUCUUUUAGAAGUUACAAGUUUGACAUUUCAAGAUAUAUCUAUGUUUUGUUUUCCAAGUGGCCAGAAUAACAUGGAGAACGGUUGGGGAAGUUCCUACCACCACCACCGCCAUCGUUUGUGUUUUUCAAAAUGCAGUGUGUGAGGGAAAAUAAAAAG